AGUCAUUCAUCACUUCUACCGUUUAUCGACCCCCCAUAUCAGGAAGUGACUCCUGAUUUACUCAUCUUCGUCUGGUGGUACGAGUGUACUCUCCAAGCCCUGAAUAGGAGCUAUCCGGCUUUCAUUUCCCGCGGAAAGUGUGACUUUCCUCUCAACGCCACCUCCGGUUGCGGUGUUCAUGGUGCUCAACACCUUGUGAAUAGCUUCUUGGAAUUGAUAUUAUCAUUUCGUUAUCGUUGCCUUGAUAAAUUCCUGGUUGAUCGUAUUGUGGUCAACAAUCGAAUUUAUCCCCUUUCCAAAACCCCGAGUGUUAAGCCUCCGGGUUAGCGGCUUGAGGCGCUAAAGCCGAAGACAAAUACGUCUUAGGAUCUACCGAACACUAUCCGAUUGAGCUUGCGAUCCUCGCUUCUGUGCUCGCUACUGUCGCUAUACGUACAGCUUAACUGUUGUGGUUUCUUCCCCUCCACUCUUAGCGCUUUCAAGCCAGUCAUCAUGUCUGUACCAGCAUUACAACGGGACACUGCCUUCCAGGUGCGAUCCUUGUUUCGCUCCUUGCUCCGUCAGUCGUCCCAGUUCUCCAAUUACAACUUCCGCGAGUACGCCCGUCGGCGGACGAGGGAUGCUUUCCGUGAACACCAACUUGAGACGGAGGAUAGAAGGAUACAAGAGUUGAUCCAGGAUGGUUUACAGAAUCUGCGCAUGAUGAAGAGGCAAACCGUCAUCAGUCAGUUCUAUCAAAUGGACAGGCUGGUUGUUGAAGGCCAGAAGACGGGCAAGCAAACUGGAAAAGAAGGGGAUAUUGUUCGUCAGAAGGAUACUGGUUGGGAUUAAUUGGAACCAAAGGAUCACGAAUGAAUAAGCGGUUGACACACCACAGGAGGUUCGGAAAGAGGCUUGAUUUUCCAUUCCGAUGGGGACCAAGGAUGAUGUGAUCGAUCCAAUAGACUUGAGGUGUUUCUUGUAUUAUUAAUGGAACAGUUACAUUGUAGGUAGCGCAGUCUCUUAUCAUCAGAACGCCGAUUCUUCUCUCA